GUCUGAUCACUCCUAUCUCCUCCUCCAACCAGACACACAGAACCAACCACAGCCUUAAGUCCGUCACGAGUCCGACUGAUUGACCGCCAAGCUCAAGCACCAUGUCCUUUACGUUCAUCGUCAUGAUGAUGCUUCUGGGCUCUUCAGUGGUGAUUGCAUUUGUCUUGCAGCCAUCCAGGGAAGAACCUGCAGCCUCUGCUAACUCUCCAGUUUACCAUCACAGGUGUGAGUCAUUGCAGUCCAUGAGGAAGGGUCUCCUCAGGGCUCUCAACUUGCAGGCUGAGCCACAGCUGCCUGUUGGUGGGCUGGACGGUGUCAGAGAGCAGUGGAGGAAGACCUUCAGGACCCUCACUCACAGAGCUAAGGACACUGCAGUUCCAGCAGUGUCUGUGUCACCUGAUGCUGGGAAUGGAACGAGCCUGGAGUGCUGCUCCAUGGCUUCUGAGAUCUUUAUGAAAGAUCUGGGAUGGGACAACUGGGUGAUCCAUCCUGCCAGCCUUACCAUCGUUCACUGUGCAAUCUGUAACCCUGAUCUGAACACUGUGCAAUGUCCAUCAUCCCAUGCCAACGUCCAAGAAGCUGACUCACAGGUGUCCUGUUGUCAGCCCACCUCCCAGGAAAUGGUGCCUGUUCUCUACGUGGAUGAAUUCAGCACCCUGGUCAUUUCCUCCGUGCAGCUGACCCGCAGCUGUGGCUGUGGGCCUGGCACCCUCCAGCAGCCCGGCACAGAGUAAAGUUUGUUUUAUAGUCCUGAGUAUGUGAGCCACCUGGCACACACACAAACACAUGAAAUACAGAAGAUGUGGAUAAUACAUUAUAUGCAGGCGUAUCUUCUCUCACUAAACUUAUCUUAGAUCGUCACAGUGUGUAUUCAACACUGAGCAUGGGAACCAAAGCAAAGUGUCCCUAAAAACUAAGUUUGCAUUCCUGUUUCUCCUUUCUAACCAGAAUGUGCCAGCACAGAUCUGCUGAGCCAACCAAACACAAAACUGAUUGAUAAUGUGUGUUUAAGAUAAAUCAGAUCAUCCGUUUUACCACUAAAAUAAUUACUGACCUCAAAUUACAAUCCAUGUUUGGAUAACAGUUAACAAACAAUUUUAAAAAUGUUUUUUUAUAGCUGAAUUCAAGCAUUUCUGUUGCACUAAGAGCUGGAAGUGAAGUGCAGCUGACACUCGUCUAAUAAAAGGCAGCCAGUUUAUCUUUAAAUAUGUCUCAUGAGUGCAGAGUGCUAUUUAAAGCUACUAACUGUUACUCAGUGUUCCUUCCAAAAAAUGUGAGACGGUGCAGAGCCAAAUCCUCGCACAGGCCAGUUGUCUCCUCACUGAUCUGUGAAACAACUGUUUCCUCUUAAGGGCAAGAAAAUAACUUGAUCCCAAAACUCAACCUGAGGUCAAAUAAAAAAUAUUUCAAAAAUUACCUGAUAAAAAUCUAAUCUGAUUAUUGUAAAUAAAGUAAACUGAUUGCCAUGCUGAAGGUCAGAGUUACAGGAGAAGAUUGUGUACACCAGCUUAACUCCCUGCACCUGAAUCUUAGUAUUACAACAACAUCACUCUGUGCUGAUCUUUUCCACAAAAGACCAUUGACAAUGUUCCAUUUUCAUGUUUCCACUGGUAGAAAAAUGACAUUGCUGCCAUGCAAACCUCCAAAAAUUGUAACUUUAAUUAACAAAUUUGGAUUUAAACAUAAAUAAAACAACGCGUAAAAAAAUAGAUCAAGAAAAAUCUGAGUACUUUCUUUUGAAAAACUUCACAUUUCAGUACUCUGCUGUGGUGUGGUACUUUGCCCAGUAAAGUGAUCUUUAAUUAAAUUAGUUUACUGGGCAAAGUACCACACUUUGCCACAACUGACCAUUGUUUGCUUUAAAUCACGAUUUCUUUUAAAGCAAACAAUGGUCAGUUGAGUUUUUUUAACCUGUAGUUUAUUUUUGCUUUAAAAACAUUUUAUUGUCUAUUCUAUAUUUUUAUCUACAUUUUGUUUGAUUUACAUAUUGUGUGCUUUUAUAUACAUUUUUUUUAAAUAGCCGAGUUCUUGUUUUUUCUCAUGUGAGCAUUUGUCAUGAUAAGUAAAAGUUCUCAGUUUGUCAUUUUGUUGUAUACUUCCAGUGACUUCACAAAAUUACCUCAUCAUUCACUUUCUCGAGUAUUUUUCACAAGUGAGCUACUACUUAUCGGAGUGACAUAUCACCUCAACUCAAUCAAACAUCUAGCUCAAAUGCAAAAUGUUUUAUUGUGCUGAUGACACUGUUGUAACAUCAUUUGUAGCAAUUUCCUGAUGCCUUUCUCACAAUUAUUUGAAUAAAGAUGAUUGAAAUCAACA